GGGAAAUCUUAGGUAAUUCAGCACUCAGCCGACUUGUAAUGCGGAGUCACAGGGAGACACCUGUGCUUGCAUAGCUUGAGCCUAUAUUAGGCUUGAGGAGCUUCUAAGCUUCAGGCUUUCGAAUUUCACGCCUAUCUAGAGCCUAAUUGAACUUAAGAUACAAGCUCUACUACCCUAUGAUAGUAGAGCGGAGAUUAAGUUUUAGAGCCUUAUAGCGCCUCACAGCACACAUCACCUAGAAGAGCCUAUAAUCUCUUCUGAAAUCGCUGCAACCCCCGUACUUACCAAGCCCGUCGCACAUAAUUAGUUCAUCCUUACUAUGGCUCGCUCGCUCGGGACUGCGCCAAUACCCCUGAGCUACGACGGCUACCCAAUCCGACUAACCACUUUGGUACUAAGCAGAUCCACACGUGUGGCUGGUGAUUCGUCAAUCUAAAUGGCUUGGCUGACAUCAAGCAAAUCCACUGACAAUAAAAAACAACAAACCUGUUGAACUAGCUGCCGACUGUGCCCACACAUCUACGAAAUCUACAUCGCAUCGUGGAUACCAUUCCUGUGCCUUGAUUUAGUUGGUAACAUGAUUGCAAAUUCAAGCCGCGAUGAUGAUCUUGAGAAGCUUGCGGUGAAGAUCUCUCAGAUCAUGGAUAUAAGGUAAGGUACCAGAACUGGUAGGGCACAAUUCUUUACCUUCAUCCCCAUCUCUACUUUCCUCUCAUCCAUCUCAAGAUGCGUUCCUCAGUCCUCCUCACACUCGCUCUCCAAGCUACUGGUGUAGUCUCUCAUUCACCCAAUUCCUAUUCUUUCGAUCCAUUAGAGCAUCUAGCUGGAACCGCUCCUCCAUUCGAUCCUCAAGAUCCACCUACUGAUCCUGCUCCCCCUCAAGGAUGCAACGUAACUCGAGCUGCAUAUCUUGUCCGCCACGCUGCAAUCUACGCCAAUGACUUCGACUACGAAGAGUACAUUGAGCCUUUUGUACAGAAGCUCGCAAACACAUCUGUGGAGUGGGCGAGCAUUCCAAGUCUUUCCUUCCUUUCAACAUGGCAAGCUCCUAUUACCGAUCCGGAAAUCGAGAUGUUGACCCGAUCGGGUAAAUUGGAAGCCACAAACUUGGGUGUAGAUAUCGCGCAGCGAUAUCAAGGUCUGAGAACCCCAAACAAAAUAUGGACAUCCACUGCAGAAAGAACCGUGAAGACUGCGCAGUCUUUCUCCAAUGGUCUUGCAAACGAUGCCUCGGAUAUCGAAAUUGUCCAAGUAUACGAAGGAAAGAAUUCAAGCGCCAAUUCCUUAACUCCAUACAAGGCCUGCCCGGCAUACAGUUCCUCUGGUGGAAGCGAACAAUCCGGCAAAUUCCAAGAAAUCUACACCAAGCCCAUCACCGCACGUUUCAACAGUUUAGCACCUGCUUUUAACUUCACAUCCAACGAUGUUUACGGCAUGUCCCUUCUCUGCGGCUACGAAACCGUGAUUCGCGGCUCCUCCCCCUUCUGCGACCUCUCCGUCCUUUCCCCUACCGACUGGCUCGGAUUCGAAUACACAAACGAUAUCCAAUAUUUCUACAACACCGGAUACGGAAACGAAGCAUCCGGCGCCAUUGGCUUCCCAUGGGUCAACGCCACCUUCAACACUCUCAUGACGGAGCAGAACAAUGCAUCAAACGCCACCACGGAUCAAGAUCUCUACAUCUCUUUCACCCAUCGCGAACUCCCUCCCACCGUCAUCGUCGCACUCGGUCUCUUCAACAACUCCGCCUACUCCGGCGCUAACAAUAUCAAUGGCACCAUGCCCCUCAACGCCAUUAACUACAACCGCGCUUGGAAAUCCAGCGCCAUCCUCCCCUUCCUCACCAACGUCGCCAUCGAGAAGAUGGAAUGCGACAGCUUUGGCUACGACGCAGGAACCUACUACAGAGUCCUAGUGAACAAUAGUCCACAGGAUUUGGUUACUUGUACUGGGGGACCAGGAACAAGUUGCAAGGAAGAAGAUGUUCAGGACUGGUUGGGCGAGAGAGCCGAAGUAGUGGGCUCAUUUGUGGAUGUUUGUGAAGUGGAAUAUAAUAAUGGGACGGAUAUUUUCAGUAUUUAUUAAUUUGUUCGAAGAUAACUUUGGCUUCGCUUCUGAGGAUGAGGGGGCUCAUUUAAUAAUUAAUGGAAUAAUAUACGUUUUUAAAUACUUUCAUGUUUGCUUAUGUAGUGAUAGGGAGCCAUGUAGUAAGACAGUGCUAUUUUUUGCAACACCAUUGGCAAUAUGCA